GCUAAUGAUAUGUUAUCAAUAUAGCUUCCAUUGAUAAUGGGCGAUAUCGAAAAGCUUUCAGUAUAAAAAUGCAAUCGAUCUAUAAUCAGUUGAAAUUAAAGAGCCAAGGAGUGUGGUACUCACUAAGCAAAUGAAACUCCAGAUACUCGUGAACUUCUUUUUGGCAGUUUUACUCGUCAUCACCACCACUCCCACCAAUGCCAUUGCAGCUGAAGACAAAGAACUGAUUGUUGAUGGAAAUACCACCACCAUUCAACAUAGUAUCCCUGUCAAUCCAAUUGUCAUCCAGACUCAAUUGCAAAACUAUGACGAACCUACCUUGAAGGAAUACCAAGAGUGUUUCGAAAAUAGGGAAAAAUGCAAACAGGUCUGUCAAGGCGUUGAAGAUGUUGGUAAAUGCCUGAAGGAAUGUCCAAAUUGUCCGGAAUUAUCAAUGAGUGAACUACUAGUGCAGGGUGUAAACGAUACUCAAUUCACAAAGUCAACCAAACCUUUUAAUACGACCAACGUGAUUCGUUUGACGAAUCAAAUACACAACCUAAUCGAAAGCAAUGAAGGCAAUAUAACACUCAAUAACGAUAAUAACGUGCAUUUGCAUCAGGAUUUUAAAGCGUCUCGAGUGGGGGGAAAGUUCGGUUUGGGUUAUAAUAAUACGGAUCCAUGCUGUAUUGUUUUGCGUUCGAGGAGUAAUUGCGACAUGCAGCGGUUUUCGACUGCUUCACGUUGCCAUCGCAAGCGGCAUCGCGUCUGCGGCAAACAGUGUAAAAGCCGUGUCAUGGAAGCAAAGAGGAUAACAGUCUGUGAUUCUAAUUCAGAUUUCCAGGACUACUUUGACGAUAAUGAUGAUGCUGGAAAUUGUCGCGAAACGGUGAAAUAUGUUCCAUUCCGACCAAGAAGACAUUCAAGGCGACCAGCUAUGCCUGGCAGAACACUGCAACAGCUACCUCAACCUAAUUGCGAUUACUGCCUGCGUCUACCAUUUGCCUAUAUCUUGCUCAAUGGCAUGCCAUUUCAAUGUAGCCCGUGCUUCAAUAGCUAUUACGGCGGCUAUAACACCUACAAUUAUCCGCAACCAUUUCUUAAUGGGCAACCAUUUGUGCAUUUCACAUUCGAGAACUAUCCCCCCAACGGAGAUGACCUCGAUGACUUUGAUAUAUCCGACGGCUGGAAAGAAGACAAGCGAAAAUGUCUCUUGCCCGACGGUGAAGUCAGUAGCGAUUGUCCCAUUACCAGUCCCAAUGAUUUUGAAAUUGAUAACGUUAACACUGAUGGACCCGAUGAAAACGAAACUGAUUAUUACGACUACGACCACGACGAUUUGUUAGAGGGACCCGUUGUUCGCAGACGCAGAAGACGCCGACAAACGUUUUUACGUUCCAAAUAUAGCCGCAAGUACAGAACUAAAGCAUAGGUGUUUUUUUAGGGUUAAGUGUCGCACUAGACGACGCUUUCAUUUUCAACAUUUCACUGUUUCCGAUACGCUUUAAGUCGCUCCAAUUUAUUUUUUUUACAAACUAAUUUUUAUUUUCGGCAUGAUAUGUUCCUAUAGUCGCUAUACCGUUUCUUUACUAAGGAAACAAUAAUAUAUUUAAAAAAAUAUAUAUAAUUUUAAUUUAACAA